ACAGGAAGUGAAACUCUUGCAGAAUCUUCACAAUUUAUUUCGACGUUUCUCGUAAUUUAUUCGCGAUAUGAAAGGGCUUUCAUGACCGUGUAAUGAAUGAGAAGGUGGAGGAAAAGGACGGCAAAAAAAUAGCGAAAAACGAUGCUAAGUCUUUGAAGAGCAGUCAGGGAAAGGCAAGCGAGAAAUCACAAAAUGUGAACGACACAUCGACGCCCGGCAGUUCGGCUGCUGCGGGCAGAAACUCAGGCAAUACCAAACACAUGAGUUUGAUGUCACCUUCUGGAAACGGGCGUAGGCUAGCGUCUGAUAGGGUCAGCAAAUCCCCAGAGAAAGGCGAAUUCCGAAUUGCAUCAAGAAAUUCGGGGUCAAAGGACGGUAGUAGAUCAAAAGGAAGAGAUGAUUCAAGAGGGGGUAGAGACCGUCCGCCUCGCAGAGACGGGGGUCGAUCGCAUCACCCUGUCAACCAGAGUCCCAGGGCUGGCAGCUCGUCUCUGUCCUCCCCACGUGGAGGAGUUGAUGGAAGAAAAGUUUCAGAUCACGGCCGUCCUUUCUCAGAUGACUCGCGCCUGUCUAAGUUGAUGAGACGUCUCACUAGGGAUGGAGACAGAGAUAGAAAACUAACAGCUGCCAAGCAACUCAGAGACUUUUUCCUGACUGAUGGAUCCAAGAUUGUAAUAAAGUCCUCUGAUGAUGUACUUGCUUCACUUCAAGAGGUUUUCUUUGAAAGAAUCAACAAGGAUAUCAAACAAGAAGUGGCUUUGUGUAUUGGCGCAGUAGGCUAUGUUCUAGGUGGUGACUCACACAGGUACUUCCAGUGGCUGUUUAACCUUAUAAACACAACAGUGGAUGAGGACACCAAGAUACUGUACCUACAGGCUUUACUCGAGACAUUAAAGUGUGAUGAGAAGAAACAAUCACUCAAAGACCUGUUACCUAAUGUGAUGAACAACAUGCAGACUAUACUUGAAAAUGCUGACUCCCCAGAUGUGCUGACUGCCGUGGUGGAUGUCAUCGUUCAUCUCUCUAAACAUCAGCCACACAUUUUUUCGUCACAUUUUAGGGACACUGUAGAUAUACUGGUGGGCUGGCACAUUGACUCCACACAGAAGGAUGCCCUGACAGGCUUCACAUCUCAGGCACUGAUUAACUUCCAUCAGUACUGGAUUUCAGACUUGAACUUCUCGGUCACUUUACUGGGCCAGUUUUUGGAGGAUAUGGAGGCAUAUGCUGAGGACCUGACUCUGCUGGUGACUGGUCAGCCACCCCUUGAUGAAGACCUGCCCGCCUCCCCUGAGGAAUGUGUUACUAAGAUAGCCGCCCUGAUGAGAGUCUUCUCUACCGUGGUGGAGAGCCUUGGGGACAGCAUCUCCCCCAUCAAGGGACAGCAGGUCUCCAAGGAGUACAUAACUGAGGUGUUGGAGAGGAUAGUGAGGUGUGUGGAGGGGGCCAAUCAGUACCUUUUCUCGGAUAAGGUUUUGUUAGCAGCUAAUCAGUGUCUGGUCCUGUUGAUGCGUCAAAUUGAGGGUCAUGUAACUGAAUCAAGCCAUAUCCUUCUACCAUAUAUCAUCAACCAAGUGCGCUCUAGCAACUCUUACAAUUUGAGUUUUGUUACCUCCUUACUUGGUGUAAUUCAGAAGGUGAUUGAACUCUGUAAUACUCAACUGCCAGUGAGUUUCUGUACAGAGUUACUGGGACCGGGAAGUAUUUUGCUACAUUUAAGACUCUGUAACGAUGUUGAGGUUCUGUCACAGCUGAUGGCUGUGUAUCACAGUGUUAUGGGGCUGAAGAGUGUACCAUUGCUUGAAGAGGCCUACAGAUUGGUAGUGGGAGACCUUCAGACAGGAUACAAUACAUUACUGGAGGAUUCUGGUGAAAACUAUCACUGUCAGGCUGUUACUAACAAUGCCUUUGCUGAUGCAAAAUACAGCACCCGUAUGGCUGAAACAGUAGUGAUCUUCAACCUGAGUGCUCUAACAGAGAUAGGCAACACCAAGAAUAACCUGAUAGGGAUGUGGGCUCUUUCCCCGAGUAUAUUUGACCUGUUCUGUGAUCACCUGAACCCUCUGCUCAAAGCUUUAGCAGAAUGGUACCCUGCUGUUCAAUAUGCCACACUGUUUGCCCUCUAUUCACACUGCACAAGACACAGUAACUUCAUAUCCAGCAGCACAUUGUUGACCCAGAGCACAGCUCUUGAGGGUUCUGUGUUAUCUAAUGUUACACCCACCACCAAUGCUAACUUCACCACAGUCCUCUCCAUCUUGGCGGAUUUGUUGAAGCAGUCUUACCACUCCUAUGACACCAAAUGUUUGGGGCUGAAGUGGGUGGGUGAUGUGAUAGGAACCCUGCACACCAAUCAGGCUGUCUAUCUCACAGAGGAAUUCCUUCGGGUCAGCCAAGCCCUAGUCACCUUAGGCUAUGACAGGGAAUAUCAACUGUGUAUAGGAGCUGCCUACUGCCUGCAAACUCUUCUUCAGACCAACAGUCUCUCUGAAAACUUGCUGCACAGGUGUUUGGAAGUUUGUCUGGUGAAAAUGUGUGACAACAAUGAAGAUGUCAGACAAACAUUUACAGACCUCCUCAAGAGAAUCCCCAUCAGUGUUACCACUCGGCUGAAUGGCUUGACAAAGACAGAUGUGUGCCCAGAAAGGGAGAAAAGCCUGUCUUAUAAGCGAGACAUCAAGGCAUGUUGGUUAGCGCGGAGAAACCACAUGAGUAGAGUUCCCAUGGGCACUUUCCAUACGCACAACUUCAGAAAUGUGAUGGGGUAUAUUCUGGAUAACACGACACUGUGUGACUCCGGCACAUGUAGUUGGAUUGAGGAUCUGUAUUUCACGUCACAAAGACCAGAGAGAAUAGAUGACAGAAGAGAGGAGUCAGUAAGGUUGUCAGAUGUGAUUGAAAAUAAUGAAAGCUUGCUGUGGUUCUGGGCUACAUGGGAGGCGGCUCAGUUCUGUGUGUUAGCCCGACUGAGAACCUCACUGGGCAAGCCACAGGAUACCUUCAUGUCCAUUGAAGGUAUCCUCAAGAAGUAUGCUGUAGAGAUUCAGAAACAGGCUGAGCAGGAUGAAGCCCCCAGCAAGACUAACCACAAGAAAGUUGACAAGGAUCAUCUGUACAAGGAGCGACAGAGGGUAAGCCUCUUACUGCAGUUCUUAGAACAGCUGGAGAAGUUGCUCUACAAUGCUUAUGAAGGCUGUGCCUCAGCUUUACCUUCGACCCCAAAGACUGUACGCACAUUUUUCCGCACAAACCGUGGCACAUGUCAGGAAUGGUUGUCUCGCAUCAGAACAGGGGUUAUAACUGUGGCUCUGCAUGCUGGGAAACCAGCCAUUGUGGUAAGGCAUGCAUUUGAAUUGCUGAAAGAGAUGAAGUCUACAGGUAACACACAGGGCCGUGAUUUUGAGCACAUAAUGAUGUGCCUAGUACAGGCCUUAUGUAAGCUGGGAAGCCCGGACACUGUUCAGGGGCUGUAUGUGUGGUGUAAGGACAUCAUUGGCAGGAAACUUCCCUGGGUGAAGGCAGCUGUGGAGAAGGCAGAUAACAAGUACGAGAUGGCAUCAGUAGACUACAGAAGUGUCUUGAUGUCACACCUGGGACUGGAUGGGUUGCCUGAGGAGAAAGAGACGAGAGAUGAAGAGGACAGUAGUCUCUCCCCUAAUGGCAGCCCCAAAAACUGUACGGAAGACAGCCUGCAGAAGAAACUGCUAAUUACAAAACAGAGUGACAGUGAUUUAGCAGUGGCUGGCUUCAUGGCUACUGAGGUGAUGGAGUGUUACCUAAAGCUGAAUGACUGGAAUGCUGUGCUGGAGUGGCAGAAGACCCUCUCUGACUGCACCUACAACUCUGAUAACAAUGGCAGUGCUCUGAACAAGAUAUUCUCUGGAUGUGUAGACAUUAACUACAUCAAGGCCCUGUCCAGCUUUGAUGAGGGCAUGUGUAGUGAUGUGAGGGAGCACCUAGAGCUGGUGCCCGGGGCAUCUCUCUCUGACCUACAGUACUCCCACCAUACUGGAAUACUGUGGGAUGAGAAAAACACCAUCUGUCAGGCCAGGAGACAGUUCAUCCGAGCAGCAACUCUCCUGCAGGAUCCGGACUCUACCCACUCCAGGGAUGAGUUGAUGGAAUGUUUGGGGCGAGCAGAAGAACUGUGUGAGAGUUUAGUGAGAGUGGAUGCUCUGGAGUGGCCUGUGUACAACAUACCCCAGGCCGUCAUUGAGCUGACCACUGCUUCAGUCCUGAACAGGCAGCUCAGGGACAAAAACAAUGAGAUUGUCCUGAUGCCGUUAAGCGAGCGUCUGAAACUGGAUAUGACAGAACAUGAUGGAGAUGUGAUGUCACAAGCCAUGAGACUGUGUCGAGUUCAGCUUAGCCUACCUGGCUUGGACAAAAGGACAGAGCUGAAAAGUCACUUAUCAAGUCUACAACUGGCUACAGCCCGCCUGUCCAGGAAGCAACAGAACUAUGACUUUGCCAAAAAGCUCCUCCUGGGCCACAUGACGACAUUGUUAACACAACAUAAGGCAGACGAUGAUCGGGAGCUAAUGGAAAUGAGUAUUGCGAGUGGGGUAGUGCAGUUAAGGGCAGCUAAUGGGGGCGUGAACCAAGUAGACCUACUGCAAGCUGAGCGUGAGGCGGCCAAGCUGCUGCACGAGAUGGGCAGCCACAAACAGGGCUUGGACAUCCUGAGCGGCAGUGUGGUGGGGCACAUCCAGUCUGACCAGUCUGCCCAGCCCAGAGACAGGGCACAUGUGAGGAUGUGUGGGGAGCUGUGCGCCAAGUCUCUGCUGCACAUUGUCAAAUGGUUACAGGUGGAUCACAAGAGUCUCGCAGCUCUUUCCUCUCAGCUCAAGGUUGGCGGACAAGGCGAUGAUGCCAAUGUCUCCCCGCUGGUACAGAACCUGAAAAUACUGCUUGAUUUGGAGAAAAGAGGACUGAAAAAAGAUGCUGCUCUGAACACAGCCAGUGGAUCAAAUGAUGUAACGAUUGGUGAUAACCCCAUGUUGUCUGACACGGACGCAAUCAUUGGUCGGUUAUAUCACCUGAGCACCAUGAAGUCUCCAUCAUUAGCCAAGGCCUGGUUUGCCUUAGCUGGUUGGUGUUAUAAGUGGGGCAGGAAGGCUAUUGACAAUGCCAGUCAUGGAAGUGUUGAUCUGUUGUCAGAGGAGAAGUCGGAAGUUCUCUCAUUGUUACCCAAGGGUACCAGCACAGAGGAUACAGACAGUGUCCUGAGUGUACUCAGUCAGAUCCACACCCUGGGCACCAGUGAGGAGGACAUCAGUGAUCAGGACCAGUCUCUGUAUGACGACGGAGCAGAAACCACUCGUAAGCAGCUGUUGUCCAGUUGUCUGUCCUUACAUGUGGCCAGUGAUGAGACCGUAGAGAGACUGUUGGACGUCUGGAGAGGGGUCGUUCACAGGGUCUAUUAUUACUACCAUCUCUCUGCUAAAGCGUACUUCACCUACCUGCACUUUAAUGGGGUUGACAAGAAUUCUGGUGAGAAUAAUGAGGAUGGUAAUGUGAUAGCCACUCUGAGGCUGUUACGUCUGCUGGUGAAACAUGCCUGGGAGCUGAGGGGAGUACUGGAGGAUGGAUUAGCCCAAACACCUACAGCUCCAUGGAAAGGUAUAAUCCCACAGUUGUUCUCUCGCCUAAACCAUCCGGAGGGUUACGUUCGUCAGAGCGUGUCUGAUCUUCUGUGUCGGGUGGCACAGGAUGCUCCUCACCUGAUCGUGUACCCUGCUGUGGUGGGCUGUAGUGCCAUCCCAUCAGAGACCAAGGAUACGGGCAGAGAUGGUUUCCUGAAUAAUUACCUGGCACAGAGUGAUGAAGAAGGAAUGGAUCCAGAUUAUCAGAACUCACAAGAUGAAGAUGGGGAAGAUGGUAACAUGGAUGAUCCAAGCAAGACUAUACUACAGCACUGUCUGUCUGCCAUCGUGGAUACACUGUCCUAUCACAACCCCAGGAUGAUAUCAGAGGUGCAGCAGUUGGUCCAGGAGCUGCGGAGGAUCACACUGCUCUGGGAUGAGCUGUGGUUAGGCACUUUGAACCAGCACCACCAAGAUGUGGUCAGGCGUAUGAGUCAACUGGAGAAUGAGGUGAAGAAGGUGAUGAACAAUUCUGGUCUGACCAAAGAGGAGAGGACAGCCAUUAUCAGAGAGAAGCAUAGGACCAUCAUGAAACCAACUUUGUACACGAUGGAGAAGCUAAGGGAGAUAACUUCUCAAACACCUGAGACGAACCACGAGCAGUGGUUUCAAGACACAUAUAGCAAACUGAUAGAUCAGGCUCUGGAGAGUCUGAGGAGCCCAGCUAACCCCAGCAACCCUCCCUCCAGCUGGUCACUCUUCAAACAGCUACAUCAGAGUCUACAGCAGCGUGCCCAGAAGAGGAGCAGCUUGAUUCUACAGAUGUCUUCCAUCAGCCCCAGACUGUCUGCCCUUAAGAGCUCUGUCAUCCCCAUGCCUGGGCUCAGCCCCUCAGGACAGACUGUUACAGUAGAAUCCAUCAAUAAUACUGCACAAAUUUUACCCACCAAGACAAAACCAAAGAAAAUACUCUUCAUUGGUUCAGAUGGAAAUAGACAUCCAUACCUCUUCAAAGGACUAGAAGAUCUUCAUUUGGAUGAACGUAUCAUGCAGUUCCUGUCAAUUGUAAAUAACAUGUUUGCUGCAUCCAACAGGGAGAGAAAACAGUGUUAUCGAGCACGUCAUUACUCUGUGACUCCUCUAGGGCCCAGAUCAGGCCUGAUCCAAUGGGUGGAUGGGGCCACACCCUUGUUCAGUCUCUACAAACGCUGGCAGCAAAGGGAGGCCAUGGCACAAGCUCUUAAGCCUGCUGGUGGUGCUAAUCCUGCUUCAAGUAAUCCACCAAACAUACCUCGCCCCAGUGAGGUGUUCUACAACAAACUGACUCCAGCCCUAAAAGAAAAGGGCAUUACAAGUUUGGACAACAGGAAAGAUUGGCCUAUUAGCACUCUUAGGAAGGUUCUUGAGGAGCUGAUGUCUGACACUCCCAGUGACCUCCUGGCCAGGGAGUUGUGGUGCUCUAGCACUGGGCCUAAUGAAUGGUUCCAUAUCAGUCAGGUGUACGCAGUCUCCACCGCUGUCAUGUCUAUGAUUGGCUUCAUCAUAGGCUUGGGGGAUCGGCAUUUGGAUAAUGUGCUGGUGGACCUGGCCACUGGAGAGGUUGUUCACAUCGACUACAAUGUGUGUUUUGAGAAAGGCAAAGGAUUGAGAGUCCCAGAAAAGGUACCAUUCCGAAUGACACAGAAUCUGGAAGUGGCUUUAGGCUUGACAGGAGUUGAGGGUACAUUCCGCAUUGCCUGUGAACAUGUGAUUAAGACAAUGAGGAAAGGCCGUGAAACUCUGCUAACAUUACUGGAGGCAUUUGUCUAUGACCCUCUGGUGGACUGGACAACUGGUAAUGAAGGAGGGUACGCUGGGGCCUUCUAUGGGGGUGGAACAGUCGCCACGGCAGCAGGUGAACUACAACAGAGCAAGAAAGAGCUGGAGAUGGAAAUAACCCAGAGCAUGUUCUCUAUCAGGAUUGCUGAGAUGAAGUCUGCUUGGUUCAAAAAUCGUGAUGACAUGGCUGCAAUCUUGCCAAAGUUGGAAGAAUCCAUUCAGACGUGGCUAAAGGGGGCAGAAGAGCAGCUGCUAGGCUUGGCCUCCAGGGAUAGUGUUCUGGAGCAGAAGAUGUUGUUAGAAGAAGCUCUUACAGACCAACAACACCCUUUGUUUACACUUCCUAGCAGAUUUGAGGAGUUCUCUAUAGUGAAAGCAACAAGAGAUGCAGUACAUGAAUCCCUGCAAGAAAAGAUCACAGAGUUUUCUCACUGGCACACCAUACAUCAGCGUGUUAUAGAGAGUGUCCAAGGGCCAAUAUUCCAGAAGAUGUAUGCUGACAUGACCAAGUCUCUGAACCUAGGCACAGCCAGCUUCUCAGCUGCUAGAGACUUCCUUCAGGGAGCCGGGCAAGGACAGAUUGUCACCCAGUGUGAGCAGGUUGAGGCAGAGCUGACCUUAUGUCUUCAGCACAGACGCUCCAUACUCCGUGCAGCGCUGGACAUUCUCCACACUUACAACACUAUCACAAGCCAGUUUGGUGAGACAUUUGUUGAAGACAAUCGAUCAUACCAGUUCCACCAGUGGUUUCAGGAACUUGUCAGUGACUUCAGUAAUGCCAAGUGUAACGAGAUACUGUCCCUAUUUGAUGUGAAGUACGGCUCUGGGAGCAUGGCUCCGGCUGGUACUCAGGCUGUCCUCAACACAGAGAUCAAACUACAGACCAUCAUUACCGAGGCUAACACCAAGCUGGUCAAGUUGAUGGAACGUCGCCAUCAGGACAUAUCAGAGACAUCUGUACUGGAGGUUCAGGCUCAUGAAGCACUGGACACCGUUACAACUUACUUGCAGGACAACGGUGUACAUGGGACAUACAGCAUGUUGGGUGUGAUCCUUACAGCAUUAGGACAGUUAAACAAGCGCUACUUGAUCAUGGAGGGAGCUGCUGCAGCUGCUGGUGACCGGCUGAUGGACCUGACCUCACGCGAUGGAGACUGGUUCCUCGAUGAACUCUGCUCCAUGAGUGGAAACAUUAAUCAGUUUCUCUCCAUUCUUAAGGAUAUUGCCAUGCCUGGUCAUCAGAUGAUAUCUCACAACCUACAAACAGCUUUUACUGCAACUCACAACAUCUACAUAGCCCUGCAGGAGAUGAAUAUGAACUUUCGUACAAUCAUCAUCCCAGAGGCUCUGAAGGCAGUCCAGGCUGAGGAUCCAAGUGUGCUGGAUGCUCUGGCAGGCCUUGAGAGGGUGAUAGAGGGAGCAGGCAAACCUCUGGAUGCUCUGCUCUCCCAGCUAGACACCCUCCACAGGAAUGCUAUCAUGGGCAUGCAGACUGAUGAUGCCCAGGUGAUAGGGGUGGUGGGAAAGAUGCGGGGGAUGCUGAAUGAGCUAUUACAGGGUCCAGAUCAGGAGAGUACAGAGUUGUCCCCUGGUCAGAUGUUACUCAUGGGAUUUAAUGGACUGUUCACUCGCCUGGAUCAUGAGUUCGUGGAUAUGCUGGAGCAGCUGGACUCAGCAUCAGUUCCUGACAUAUGGAAGAAAGUGGAUGUGGUCAGAGAGGCUAAAGCACUCCAGGUGUCGGCAUUCACAGAUGAAACAAAUUUAUUGCAGGCUGACAUCUUUUUUGCGAGACAACUUCUGGCUAUGCAAGAGUUUCUGGAUAUGUGCAAACAAUUUGCAAACACCUUACAAGGUGCAGAGGGAGGCGUCUGUUAUGAUGAUGACCAGAUGGCCAAACCCGUGAAGAAGUUCAUUGGGGAGUAUGUGAGGAAAAAGGUACUGGGCUUCCCCUCUCAGAUCUUGGGCUAUGUGAUCUGCGUGUAUGUGAACUAUCUGGGCCUGGAUGUGACGGCAGAGAUAGAGCUGAAGGACAUUGGGGCAGAGUCUAAGGUAGCCCUGGAUGAUCUCUGUAAGAAGGCUGUGGAUGGAUGCCUGAGGAAUGAGCAGUUUCAACAUCAUCACCUCACGCAAGCCAGCUCUGUGACUGGCAGUUAUGAUAACGCCUGGAGGAAACAUGAUCUGGCCAGGCGACUGGAUGCCAACAUGACAAUGGUGAAGUCCAGUAUUCAGAAAGCUCAGCUCCAGCUGGCUCGCUACCAGUGGUUACACGAGGACAUCUUCACACAGACUGGACGACUUCACCAGCAAAUGGUUAUACCCAACAGGUCCACUGUCAUGUCAGAUAUGAGGAAGAGUGUGCAGGGGUUGCUGGCAGGGGAUGGUACAAUAGCCAGCUGUCAGGAGAGAUACACUCAGCUAGAGGCCAGUAUAACCCAGAGACUGAAGUGGGCGGCAGGGGCUAACCCUUCCCUCAACACUGUCCUCCAGCAGUUUGAUGAGGCGUCCAGCUACAGACAACAGCUUAUUGAGGAGGAUAGCAAGCUGUCUGCUGAGGUGGUGAGCCUUUGUCAGGGUAUACUGCAUUUUGAGGCCAUGAGGACCCGCACCCCCGAGGCCCUCUCUGCUGAUAACACAUUCCUACAGCUCAUUGGCAGAUGCAGUGAGAGUUGUAUGCUGGCAGAAAGCACGGCUAGCACAGUCACAGAUAUUGAGGAGAUUCUGAUGACUACUAAGUGCCCUGCAGAGGGCCAAACUGUUGAUGAGAAGUGGAUUAAGUCGACCUUAGACCUCAUUAAGAAGGAAUCAAAACUGGUAUCCACCAAGAUAGGUCAGCUGAAGUCACAGCUGGAGACUGCCAAGGAGGGUGUAAAAGCAGAGGUAACCAACAUCCGAACUGUCCUCUCUGUUCAUCACAAACUGAUGUCAGAGAUCCGAUCCAUCCUGAAAUCACUGGCUAAGUAUGAAGAACAAGAGGAUGAGGUGUACAGUGGGGAGAUAGUGGGCAUCAGAGAGUACCUGAACACCUACAAGAACUUCUCUGAGAACUUCAGCAUGGCUCUGAAGAUUGUGAUGAGCGAGGAUGUGACCAGGGAGGGGAUGGAGGAAGCGAGGACAAUCAUUAGUAGUCUCAAGACACAGAUAGAUAGCAUUUAUAUGGACCUGGUAGAGUUUGCUCCUCCGCUGAUUAUUCAGGAAGAGGAGGAGAAAGCCUCCCCUAGAACUGGGGACUUUGCCUCAGCUGUGAAGAAGCCCCUGGAGAAAGAUGUGCCCAUCAGCUUACAGAAACGCUCGUCACAUGUUCACAAGGAGCUGCUCAGCUCCAUUGCCACACCCACCUCUAGUCCUCAGUCCUCCUCCAGUAGACUCCAGGCUGCUUCUGCAAAAAAGUCAGAGAAAGUAUCACGUGAUCCAAGAACUGGCAAAGCUAUUCAGGAGAGAAACUCGUAUGCUGUGAGCGUCUGGAGAAGAGUCAAGCUGAAGUUGGAUGGAAGAGAUCCAGACUCCAACAAACGAAUGUCUGUAGCUGAACAGGUGGACUAUGUCAUCAAAGAGGCCACGAACCUGGACAACCUGAGUGUCCUUUACGAGGGUUGGACCCCUUGGGUGUGAACGUCACUCAUGUAGAGAGACGACUACGUCUGGUUUCUACCUACACAGAGCAGUAGCCUCUAGCAGUACCCUCUCAAAGCCCUGACCUCUGUACACGUCAGGGAAUAUGAGAAGGGAAGAAAGAGAGAGGAAGUGAACUACUGCUACUACAAUAAGAUCCACGACCCACCUCCUUAAAGAAUAGCCACCUCCAGGUGGCCAGCCCUGUCAAGAGCAAUAAGCAAACCUGGGUGAAAGGAUCUCUCAGGGCCCGGCCUGUGGGCCCUACAAUAUGAGAGUAUACUUUGCUUUUGGUUUUGAGGUCUCGACUGCAGCAGAAGAGUCUAGACAGCUCCUCCUGGCUAAAGCUUCUCACUGGGAUGUUCUGGAGGGUGGAGGAGGUCACCCAGGGAAGGUAACUGUGGGUGUUAAACUCCUGACCUGACAGGAGACUGCACAGGUCAACCUGGGGAGUUCAGAUAGAGGACAGGUUUUCAACAUUUUGUGAAGGACAUUGAGAAAGAAUUCAGCAAUUGAGUGUCAAAUGGGAAUCUUGGCUUCCCAGAAGAGUUUAAAAAAGAAAGCUAAAGGAAAGUUUUAUCACCUCAGGGGGGAAGGGGGAACAAGUUUCAGCUGCGAGCUUCAAUCAAAAUAGGAAAGGAUUAUUCCCCCCUUUUUUCCUAAAUUUUGUUCAUGCAGUGUACUCAAGUGGAGCAUUGAUGUUUAGUGUAAAUGCCCAAUGUACCAUCUGUUAGAAGGCUGCCAAUGCCCCAGUGAUGAAGGAUACACAUACUUUGUAUCCCCAAGUAUUACAUAUAACUACAAAAGUUUUAAUGGAAGAGAACUUAUAAAAGUGCAAAUUCUUUGCCAUGGAUUAUUUCAAAUAUCCAUUUACAUCUAUUGGAGUAUCUAAAUUUGUGUUUUCUUGUGAUAGUAACAGUAAACAUCAGUUUGAUGCUUUGGUUUUUUUUUUUUUUGAUUUUUUUUCUUUGGCUUUAGGUGUUUUGGUAUUAGGGUAUGCACGCUUGGUAUAGCACUUUUUUUUUUCUUGUAGUUUGUCUUUAAUGCUAUUGAGUUUAAUCAGGUUUAGUAGGCUAUAAUUUCAGAAAUCUGUGGAAAAUAUAAUGCAGUGGAAAAGAUUUCUGCCAUAAUAUUUCUGUAAACCAAAUUUUUUUUCACGUCCCCCACUCAAAAUAUAUAUGUAAUUUGCUCUCAUAUGUGUUUUAUUGGAAAAAAAGUUUGAUCUCUAAGUUUCUCUCUUUACAACAGUUCAGUGUUAUGGUAUACCGGAAAACAAUUUACUUAAUAUAUGAAAGGUUCUCUGGGAGAAUUUGCAUUUGCAUUAAUAUAACACUUUACUCCUUUCAAAUAAAUUUAAUAACAUCGAAAUGAACAAUUACUGUUAUUAUUAAAUCUGAAGCGAAUUCCUAGAUUUAAUGUUUUUUUUUUUUUUUACGUCUUUCUGUGUGUUUCAUUACUUCAAUUUUUUUUCUCUUUUUUAUGCCUCUCCUGUCUUGUAUGAGGUAAAUGUUGAAUAUUGUUUGUGGGUGUGGUUGAACUGGUGGUAUGGUCUUUGAAUGUACUAAUAUAUUACAUAAUAUGGUGCACAAUUAUUGUAUAUGAGAGAAAAUAACUAACACAUACACAAAAAAAAAUAAAAAGUAAAAAAAAAAUUGAAAAUAAACAUUAUUUACAAGAAUGCGUGGUUUAAAAUUUUAAGAGAAUAUGUCUAAAAAGUAACAAGUUCUGAAAUCUGACACUUAAUUAUUAAUCUUUGAGAAAAGUAGAUAGAUUUGUUAUUAAGUUUCAAGUAUUGCUACAUGAAUUAUUACUGUAUGCUGUGUUUUAUCAAUACACACACAGGUUAAAUCACAAGGCAAACUGCUCUUAACAAAUAAAUUCUUUAUUCAAAUUACAUGAACUUCUGCAAAGAGCCAUAGUCUGAUACAGUUUCAAUAACCAACACUUAUAGGUAAUGUUUGUUUCAAAAGAGAGAGACUGUACAGCUCCAUUACCUUUAUGGUACAUUAUUGGGAUAAUGUCAUUGUAUUUCUGUAUAACUUAAAACUUUAGUAAACAAAACGGCCGGUCUUUAUCACUUUCCUUCUAUGAAAUAAUUUUUAUCAGAGAUAUAUUGGUUACUUCAUAAAUUUUCAAUUCUGUCAGAAUGAGCUGCUUAUUAUUUGUCUCUCAUUCAUCUAUUAAGAAUGUUUACCAGAUAUGAAUAUGUUUUGUCUCCAUGUUUGUUUCUACAUUUCUAGUCUCUUAAUCUCCUUGUAACUUACUUGUUUUGACAUUUCUAAAUCUGUAGUGUAGCCCACCUUUCUCGGUGUCAGUUCAAUAGUCUGUGUUGAAUUCAUAUUGCAGUGUGUAUUAAGCAAUUGUCUGAGAAAUAUAUGCAGUCCUUACUUAUCCACAUGUGUAUGUAUGUUCUGGAUUUCAAUAAAUAGUUAAAGUAGAAUCAAUUGUUGUUCCUUACUCAUGAUUUGUUUUGUGUAUCACUUCAUUAAGAAGGAAUUCUA